ACUAAUUCAUACUGUACAUCCUCAAAGUUUUAAGAUGCCACGAGGGUCAACAAUAACAACCUGUGUGGGCUGCAAAGCAGCUAUUGGUGUGGCCACCAAGACCUGCAAAUAUUGCCAGUCUGUACAGCCAAGAAAGCAAAGACUGGCAAAAAAACUUAAGAAUUUUGAGGACAGAAAGGAGAAGUGGUUCAAAAACCAAACCAAAAACCAAACCACCUCUCAUGUUAUUGAUGAGGCAUCUGUCUUGGUCGAAAAGUUAAACACAUUGGGGUACAAGGCCAUAGUCUUCAUUGGAAAGAAAACAAAGAAACAGAAAACCUGGUCCGCACAAGUCCUCCAGCCAAAAUGGCAGCUGUCAGACCAUUCUGCAAAAUGCCUGGACAGGAUGAAGGCUCUUUAUGAACUGUUAAUUGAUGGUUGUACUAACCAGCAGCCCGCCACCGGUCCUCCUCCCAUCCAGUCCACCACCAGUCCUCCUCCUCCUCCCAUCCAGUGCACCACCAGUCCUCCUCCUCCUUCCAUCCAGUCCAUCACCAGUCCUCCUCCCAUCCAGUCCAUCACCAGUCCUCCUUCCAUCCAGUCCAUCACCAGUCCUCCUCCUCCUCCCAUCCAGUCCAUCACCAGUCCUCCUCCCAUCCAGUCCAUCACCAGUCCUCCUCCCAUCCAGUCCAUCACCAGUCCUCCUCCCAUCCAGUCCAUCACCAGUCCUCCUCCCAUCCAGUCCAUCACCAGUCCUCCUCCAAUCCAGUCCACCAUCCAGCUCACCACCAGUCCUCCCAUCCUACCCCUCACAGAACCACCUCAGCAGAAACGAAAUUUGUCUGCAAACAAUAAAAAGAAGCAGCAGAAUUCUGCAGCCUCAGACAUGUCUACAAGGAAGAAACUGAGGGGGAAAAAAUCACCCAAAGAAUGUAACCAUGGUAUCCUAGAAGGGGAACCUUACUACCCAGUGAAGAGGGUGAUCCGCUGCAAAAUGCAGAAGGGGAUCCAAAUGAAGUUGGUGGAAUGGGAGCCCUGUUCACUCUGUGGGCAAACUUGGCCGCCACAGUGGGUGACGGAGGAGAACACCACAAAUUAA